GGUGAAGAUUCCCAUUGUUCAUUAGACGACUAUUCAAAUCCAAAGACUUUACUGCCGAUCAGCUUGACGCAUCUUUGGCUAUAAUAAGGAGGUUUCCUCAGCUUCACCCCCUCGAUAAAAAUUAAUGAAGGGGAAAAUGGCCUUUCCAGCUUCUGCUUCCUUCACUUCUCUUGUUUUGGUGUCUUACCUUCUGUUGUUGGCUCCUUGGUUCGAGUUUUCGAGGGCCGAAUAUGGUGAUAGUGAAGGUUCAAGCCCAGUCAGAGCUUCAGUUCCUCUAUCAAAAGGGCUCUCAUGGUCUUUCUACGACUCCAGCUGCCCGAAGGUCGAAUCCAUCAUCAGGAAGUACCUUAAGAAGAUCUUCAAGCAGGACAUCGGCCAGGCUGCUGGGUUGCUCCGUCUCCACUUCCACGACUGCUUUGUUCAGGGCUGUGAUGGUUCCGUGCUGCUUGAUGGAUCGGCGAGUGGCCCGGGCGAGCAGGAGGCCCCGCCCAACCUGAGCCUUCGGGCUAGGGCUUUUGAGAUCAUCGACGAACUUCGGGAGCAAGUCCACCAGAAAUGUGGCCGAGUAGUCUCUUGUGCAGAUAUUGCGGCCCUUGCUGCCCGCGACUCUGUUUUCUUGUCGGGUGGGCCUAACUACGAUGUCCCGCUGGGUCGACGAGACGGGCUGAACUUUGCCACGAGAAAUGCAACAAUAGAAAACCUGCCUUCACCCAGGACCAACGCGAGCACCAUCCUAAGCUCCUUGGCCACGAAGGGCCUCGACGCGACCGACACUGUGGCCCUGUCAGGUGGGCACACGAUCGGGCUGGGCCACUGCACUUCCUUCGAAGAGCGCCUCUACCCUGCCCAGGACCCCGUCAUGGACAAGACGUUCGCGAAAAACCUGAAGCUGACCUGUCCCGCUUUGAACAUAACGAACACCACGGUCCUGGACAUCCGAUCACCCGACGCAUUCGACAACAAGUACUACGUGGACCUCAUGAACCGGCAGGGCCUCUUCAACUCUGACCAGGACCUGUACACUGAUGCCACGACCAAGGACAUCGUCACCGACUUCGCGGUGAACCAAAGUCUAUUCUUUGAGAAGUUUGUGGUGGCAAUGACCAAGAUGGGGCAACUCAGCGUGCUGACUGGGACAGGGGGGGAGGUCCGGGCGAACUGCUCAGUCAGGAAUUCGGACAACACCGUGCUAAAGUCCGUCGUGGAAGAGGACAUCGAGAGCGCGGCAGAACUGAAAUGAUAGCGAAGCUCGAUCUGGUUUCUUGUUUCCCGGUAAAGUUUGGUCUUGCGUUACUUUUCUAGCUUGUUUUGGACUUGGAUCUGUGUUUAAUGAAUGGUAUGUAUCCGGGUAAUAUCCCAAGACGAUCAUUCGCGGAGGAGUAAAAAGUUAUAUGUCUCGUGUGAAGUGCACAAUACGAUGAAGAAAAAUUACCUGAACUUAGUACUCUUGAUUGUGCAGGAUUAGUAUGUUUAUUACCUGAA